UAGAAACCAAGAUAGGUAAGCCCAAGCAGCGAGGUGCAGAGUGGCUGAGAGAUCGAGCACUUACCAAUGGCGGCGGUGGCUGGGACGUCCAUGGAAGUGGAUCAGGACCUCCCGGGUUUCCGGUUCCACCCCACGGAGGAGGAGCUCCUCGACUUCUACCUCUCCCGCGUCGCCCUCGGCAAGAAGCUCCAGUUCGACAUCAUCGGCACCCUCAACAUCUACCGCCACGACCCCUGGGACCUCCCAGGCAUGGCGAAGAUCGGGGAGAGGGAGUGGUACUUCUUCGUGCCGCGUGACCGGAAGGCCGGGAACGGCGGGCGGCCGAACCGGACGACGCAGCGCGGGUUCUGGAAGGCGACGGGGUCGGACAGGGCGAUCCGGAGCUCCGGCGACCCGAAGCGGGUGAUCGGGCUGAAGAAGACGCUCGUCUUCUACCAGGGGCGCGCGCCGCGCGGCACCAAGACGGACUGGGUCAUGAACGAGUACCGCCUCCCCGACUACGGCGCCGGCCACGCCGCGCCGCCGCCUCCCAAGGAGGACAUGGUGCUCUGCAAGAUAUACCGGAAGGCCACACCACUGAAGGAGCUGGAGCAGAGAGCCUCUGCAAUGGAAGAGAUGCAGAGGCGAUCAAGCCAGGGAGACUACACGGCGAGAGCGUAUCUCGUCCAUGACGCCUCACCCUCCACCGGCGACGAGUACUUCUCGUCGGACGACGUGCACGACAGCGGCUACCUGAUCCCCUCGUCGUCGUCGUCGCCGGCGCCGUCCGGCCACAGCAGCAAGAACGGCGGUGCACCAAGGGAAGCCAAGAAGGAGGAAGCAGACGUCACGGUCACGGUGGCGUCGGCGACGUCCAUGACGCAAGCGGCGGCGGCGAGCCUGUCCAGCCUACAGCUCCCGGCGGCGAGCCAGCUGCCGAACCUGCAGCUUCCGGCGAGCCACGGAGUGAUGGACUGGCUGCAGGAGCCGUUCCUGACGCAGCUGCGCAGCCCGUGGCAGGACCAGCACUGCCUGUCUCCCUACGCACAUCUGCUCUACUAUUAAGCAGGGACAGAUGAUUGCAUUACGCAUCGGAGCAAGAGGAUCAAGUCGAUCACGACCUCCAGAUGGAUGCUUGUGCAAGAGCAAGAUGAACCAAUCAAAUCACCCUUCGACGAAGAACACGUAGCGCAGAAUAUGGCUUAGCUGUGGAUUCGAUUGAACAUAGUGGCGACGAGCUAUAGAUCUUUUGGGCCUCUCUUGGUUAUGUAUAUGAUGUUUUCUGACUUGACAAUUCAAUGCUAGAAUCUCUUGAGACUA